AUGCUUCCAUGUUUUUCUGUCGAAGCUAAACCAAAAUUAACUUUUGAUGAAUUUUUUAAUUAUACUACGUUUCCAUUUUUGAAAUUUUCUCCAACUGGUCAACAUUUGCUUAUUCAAACAAGGCAUCAAUCAUGGAAUACUAAUGCUUAUGAGAAUACUUUGUGGCUUUAUGAUAUACAAAAUCAAACAAAAAAAUUAAUUACAACAAAUCUUCGUCAAUCAAUCAAACCACAAUGGUCACCGAGUGGUGACUACAUUGCAUUAAUACCAAAACCUCAUACUUCGAUAAAUAAGACGGAUGAUCAGAAAUCAGAACAAUAUAUUUAUUUAUAUUCUCUUAUAUCAGAUGAACUAUUUCCUAUUCACAUUGAUAAAGAUAUUCUGUUAGCUUUUACGUGGUCUAACAAUGAUUCAUCUGUUUACAUAGCUGUUAAUGAUUUGUGGUCAAAAGAUAAAGAAAAUGAAUUAUAUAAAGAUGAAUGGAAAGAUGUUAUUCAAUAUCGACAACAUGUAGUGCGUAGUAACAGUACAAUCUAUCGUAUUGAUCUCAAUUUAAACAAUCUUUUGUUACCUGUAGAAAGAAAUAUUGUUCGUAAUGUAUCCUUUCUUAUUAAUCAGUUAUUAUAUGUUUCCUAUGAAGAGCAGCUCAUCGUCUCAUCCGUAUCGAAACUUGUCGAAAAUCUAAAUGAGUUUGAACUAUUUUCGAUUGAUCUUCGAAAUACAUCGAAAUUAUCAAAAUUGACUAAUAAUGAAGAAAUCGAAAUAGAAUUACAGUUAUCGAUUGAUGGUCAUCAUCUCCUUUUUCUUACAGUCAGUCUUAGUUCAAAUAAAGGAAAAUUUAAUAAUACACAAUAUCGUCUUUAUUCAUUAAAUUUACUGAAUGGACAACUAGCACGUUUAGGAGAAACAUUUCAUGGUAGUAUCAAUGGAUACACAGUAAAGCAUGAUUCUGAUGUUUAUAUACUCGGACAAUUAGGAACAGAAGUACAAAUUUAUACACAACAAUCAUCAACGAAAGAUUUAAUUCAUCAUCAUGGAUGGAAUGGAACAUACGAAUCGAUUGUAUCAUCAAAUGAGAAUGGAUCAAUCGCAUUUGUUUAUUCAUCACUUGAAAAACCUAUGGAAGUUUAUUUCAUUAACAAUAUUGAUCAAUUGAAAUCAGCACAAGCAAUAACCAACGAAAAUGACUUAUUUACUCGAAGAAAUUUACCGCAAACAAAAUUAUACAAUUGGAUAAAUGAAGAUGAUCAUCGACUGAUCGAAGGCAUCCUACAUUAUCCACCUGACAUGUUUGAAUCUAAAAAUUUAUCUCUGUUAGUGCUUAUUCAUGGAGGUCCUUAUUGGGCUAGUCUAAAUAGACUUGGGCUCGCUUGGCAUAAUUGGGCUUCAUUGGCAGCUUCAGAAGGUUGGUUGGUAUUAGAACCUAACUAUCGAGGAUCAACAGGCUAUGGUGAUCAAUUUCUCAAUGAAAUUCGUUAUAGACCACUAUCUCGACCAGGAAAAGAUAUUCUUUGUGGAGUUGAUCGAUUGAUUAAAGAUGGCAUUGUUGAUCCACACAGACUUGCAGUCGGUGGUUAUAGUUACGGUGGUUUUUUAACAAAUUGGUUAAUUACGCAGACUAGACGUUUUAAUGCUGCCCUGUCAGGUGCUGGCGUUGUUGAUUAUGCUUCAGCAUGGGGUAUGAUGGAUUUGCCUGUACCACUCAGCUACUUGUUUGGAGGAUUUCCAUGGGAAGCACCAAAUAUUUAUCAAAACGAAGCACCUAUUUAUCAAUUAGAUAGAAUACAUACACCAACACAUAUCAUCACUGGUGAAAAUGAUAAUCGAGUUCCUACAUCUCAAAGUUAUAUAUUAGAACGAGGACUUCAUUAUCUUGGUAUACCAGUUAAAUUAAUUAUUUUUCCAAAAGAAGGACACUCAAUGACUGGUAAUCCUUGGUAUGGAAAAAUAAAAGUUCGAGAAGAAUUGAAAUGGUUACUAAAAUAUGGUAAUCAAUCACUGAACAACAAUGAGCUAUCUAGUAACAGUGAAAGACCAAAAUUCGCUUAUACUUUACAAUUGUAUAUGUUCUUGUUCUCGAUUGUGAAAAUAAAGAACACGUAA